CCCCCGGCCCGCCGUGUGCGUGGGAGGCGCCGGGCCCGCUCGGACGAACGCCGACGCGCUCAAUGCCCAGGGUGUUCUGUUGGAAUAUCCGUCGCACAUUUAUGGCGAUUCUGAGAGUGAGGGCAGACUUCUGCCAGGCCCAGCACAGCACCCUGGCUGACAAGUGAGCUGGGUGCAGGGGGUUUACGUGCCAUAAUCACUUUGCCUUGAAGACUCCAGACACAGCGAACACUCUCAAAUAUAUGGGAUAUCUUUUGCAUAUUGGAAGCAUAUUCCUUUUACUGACUCUAGCAAAACUAAGCAACAAGAAAACAAAGUGGAGAGAAAACCUGCCCUUAUUUUUUUGCCUCACCAGUGCCUAAAUGUAGAACAGGCUGCCUAGUCUUGCAUGUAGUCAGAAGUUUUGGAGUCUGAAGGAUACCACCUGCAGUAAUCGAGGCCUAAGUUGAAGGCAAGCGGAUUUUAAAGCAAAGCCGCUUUUCUAGAAGCGAAGUCUUUAAGGAACAAACACGGCAAAGCAAGCUCUGAUCAAUCCCAGGCAUUCUAGUGGUCUUUUAAAUGUUUUCUGCUGUGAAACGUUUCAGAAGUUACUGAUUUUUUUUUUUGCCCCUUACACAUUUUUUUUUGCCAUUAUGAACCGUCCAGCCCCAGUGGAAAUUACCUAUGAGAAUAUGCGUUUCCUGAUCACUCACAACCCAACCAAUGCAACCCUCAACAAGUUCACAGAGGAGCUGAAGAAGUACGGAGUGACAACCUUGGUGCGAGUUUGUGAUGCCACUUAUGAUCAAGCUCCUAUUGAAAAAGAAGGAAUCCAGGUUCUAGACUGGCCGUUUGAUGAUGGAGCACCACCCCCGAAUCAGAUAGUUGAUGACUGGCUAAACCUGUUGAAAAGCAAAUUCCGUGAGGAGCCUGGAUGCUGCAUUGCUGUUCACUGCGUGGCAGGGUUGGGAAGGGCUCCUGUUCUGGUUGCACUUGCUCUCAUUGAAUGUGGAAUGAAGUACGAAGAUGCAGUUCAGUUUAUAAGACAGAAAAGGAGGGGAGCUUUCAAUUCCAAACAGCUGCUUUACCUUGAGAAAUACCGACCUAAGAUGCGAUUACGCUUCAAAGAUGCCAACGGUCACUGCUGUGUUCAGUAGAAAGAAAUACUAAGCGAAGGCAGAAGUUUAUCAUAGCUGUUUUCUGGACUCUUGGCACCUGGAAAUGUGAAUCUGGAAUCAAACUACGUCAUCAAAUGAGUGGUGGAGUCAGUGCUCCUCAACCUCUGUCCUAAUGGUGGUGAUGAUUUAAAAAAUAAAAAAAA